AUUAUUUGUAAAAUAUUGACUAAUAAUCUGCUUUGCGUCUAAUUGUUGAAUAUAAAAAUGAUCACUAUAAGUAAUAGUAAAAUGAAGCUAUUUAUUAAUUAUAAUUAUAAUAGAUUGAAAUAGGAAUCACUAUGCAUAAUACUAAUUUCAAAUAGGAUGCGCUUGUAUAUAUAAAAAUAGGAGGUAUGAAAACACAAUACUGUUUUUUGGAUUAUCUGAAGAUAAUAAUAUUUUUGUAUAAAAUGUAGUGUAAAUCAGAUUAAGUGAUGAAAAUUAAAUAUGCUUACAUAAUUUUUAAUUUUUAUAAGUAUAGUUUAUAUUUAAAGAGGUUCUUAAAAGAGGAGGAUAUAGAAAGGUUGUUUUGGUGAAUUAAAUUAGGUUAUGAAAAUUAUAUAAAAUGAAAAUAAUUCGAAAAGACUUAAUAUAAACAUUUUAGCAAUGGUUUAAUAUCCUUUGAUAGUAAAAUUAUAUUAUGCAUUUUAAACAAAGUAUAAAUUAUACUUAGUGAUUGAUUUUAUCAAAAGGAGGUAUUAUUAUAAUAAUUAAUAUAUAAAAGGAGAAUUAUUUGAUCAUUUGAAACGAAUAGGUAAAAUUGAAGAAACUUGGGCUGAAUUCUAUUGUGCAGACAUUAUUUUGGCUAUUUGAAUAACAAGAAUAUCAUCUAUGGAGAUUUGAAACCUG